UACUGACUAGACUACUAGUACAUUGAGCCAGUCUUGUGUAGUUUCUUGCAAGUCUACUAUCUCGGUCCGCUAUGGCCACCAAUAGAAAGUGAAAUGUGAAUAUAUUUAAUAUUUUAUUCGAAUGAAAUUUAUUAAGACUGAACAAAAAUAUUAUUCCUGUAACAAUUUUAACAGAGAACAUAACAAUUUUCAAGUCGUGGAUAACAUAUACAUGAUGUGGAAAAUACAAAUAUUGUUAAUCAUUUUACCCCUUCUUGUUAAUUCUGAACCAGAAAAUGUUCAAAUGACAAGAACAUCCAUCAAAGUAGCCAGAAAUCUUGAUCCAAAUGCUAUGGAAACUUUAGAAGUCAAGACGCGAACUGGUGAUGUUGCUACUAUUGUAAUUAAAAAACGUGACGGAAGACAACAUUUCCCUGAGCCUACGGUAAAAUCCGAAACAAAAUCAAUCACGCCAAAUACAAAAGAAGUCAUAGACUUACCAGACCCUGUAGUAAUACGAUCAGAUUCGGUGUUCGUAAAAAAUAAAAAAGAAGAUGAAAAAAAAUCCAGAAGUCUGUUCCAUGUUGACACAGACGGUAUACCAGUUAUAACGGGAGUUCGGGAACCAGAUGACGAAAAUGACCAUCAAAUUUGGAGAAACGCGAGAGUGAUCAAUGGUAUUUUAGUACCAAAUACCAACAAAACUGAACAAAAAGUGAUGAAAGAAGAAUAUAAGCCCGUUGCAUCUAUGUUUAAUGGAGUUUGGCAAGUUUAUAAAAAAAAACCAGAAUCAGAUAAAGUUCAGAUUAUUUCUAAUAAUGAUCAAAAAUUUACUUUUCAAGAUGCUAUUCAAAAUGAAAAUUAUAUGACUGAUAAAAUUUUGGGUUACAUUAAGAAUAUUAAUGGAGAUAUUUUAAGUAAUGACCGUCGAACAGCAAGAAUGGUCGAACCUCAAGCAGAAGCUCGUGUUUUACAUGCUCCAAGUGUUAGUGUAUUUCCAAAUUCAGCAAUGUAUUCACCACCUAAAAAAGUAUCAAAAGUAUCAUUUGAAGAAAGUGCUAGAACUCCAGUUUUGCAAUAUGCACAUCCAGAAUUGGGAAUACAAGCUGCUAAAUAUGUUCCACCAGAAGAAACGCCAAGGGACGGAAGAAGACAACAGGCUUUAGCACACUUCUCUCAUGACAUUCACGCGGAUAGAAGUCCUUUUGCAUUUGAACCCGGUUUAGAAAAAGAAUCAAGGGUUAAAGUUCCUAAAAAAUAUUCCCCAUACUAUAAUUUCCCAGAAAAACACGGUAAAUAUGCUCCAAAUUAUUUCAUUAAUGAAGAAAGUUCACUGUGGACAAUUAUGAAGGAUAAAAUGAAAUCAAGCUUAGAUCAAGUCACAUAUUUAACUAAGCCCGUUGUAGAUCCUUUAGUAGAAGCUACACAUAAAAUUACUGGAAAUUUAGGUCUUUCGAAUGGAAACCGAGAACUCACCAAUGUUGUCAAAGAAAAACUCGGAAUGGUUGCUACACCAUCAGUACUAUUACCAGCACUUGGUUUAGUUGCUGGAGGCGCAGCACUAGGACUUGGAGCUGUAGCAGUUGGAAGAUAUUUGGACUAUGAUGUUGUGAAAAUGAGAAAUAAUGAUGAUUAUGUUGAAUUACAAAGAACAUUAAAUAAUGAAAAAUAUCAACCACUCAUAAUUUUAUCAGAAAAAGAUCAAACUGUUUCAACGACUGAACAGGAACAACCAAACAGAAGUAGGAGAUCAUUACAUUAUUUAAAGCAGAAAGAUCACGGAAAUCACAAACAAAAAAAAGUUAAAUUAAACAGCAAAUAUAUUUCAAGAUCUUAGCCAUUAAUAAUUUAAAAAUCAUAGAUAAUAAAUACGUGAACAGGAUAUGUACUUAUUUGUCAUCUAUGUUAAAAAUAACCUAUACUGUUAUUAAGGGAGUUUACUUAAAUUUCAAUAAUCAAUGUGAAUUUUAAUUGAACUUUAGAACUUAUUUUUCACCUAUAAUUAUAAUUUUAAUUUAUUUCAAGUAAUAUAUUUGGUUUUGUUGAAAAUGUAAAAUUAUAAUUACUUAUAUAGAAAUUUUAGGUAAGGAAUUCAGUUACUAGUUAUUAUAAUAAAUUAGAUUUUAGUACAA